AUGCCACCACCACCCACCAAUGACCCCGCCCGGGUCGCCAGCAUCAUGCUGUCGUGGCACUCCCUCGAUCUCGUCUCCUGUAUCACCCUCCAGACCCUGUGGGCCGGGUACGGGCACAUCUGCGCCCUCACCGCCCGAGCCACCACCGCCGAAGCGGCGGAGCAUCUCGGGAAGCUCUGCGGAGUGGAUUCGAGAGCUGCGGGGAGCACUUUUCCUCUGAUUUUGAAGCUCAUCUCACCGCCUCGCAAAGCAGCGGGUAAGGAAGACGAGGGACAUCUCCGGAAGAUGCUGAGUUAUGAGGUGGAGCAAUACUUUUACAGCGAUGUAGUCCCCCGACUAGGGGACGAUAUUGCUGUUGCUAAAUGUUUGGCGUCAACGCGAGAUAUGCAUGAGAGGCAAGGUGAAGAGGAACUUCGUGGCUUGAUGGCGACGAUCAUGGUUGAUUUGCGGCCUGCGUUUCCGGUUGCGGGGGAGAAGAGGAGCGUGUUGAGUCGUGUUCAGGUCUGUGGGGCUCUGGACUGGUUGGCGCGGUUCCAUAGUCGGUCGUGGGGGCUGUUGUCUGACGAUAGGAGUCUGGAUGGGUAUGUCCUGUCGCCUCUUGAGGAAGCGAAGAGGAGGCGGGACCAGGGGAAGACGGAGACAGGGAAUGCACUGUGGCUUAACGGAGGAUACACCUAUCUGGCGACUCGCCGGGAGGAGUACGCUUCGCUUUUGGAGGAUACGGACUCGGAGUGGUCCGAUAUCUUGUGUACAGCCUCAGAUGGGUCUUCUCAAUCCGUGGCUGAGAUGGCUGCAUUGCUCUUGACACCCUGUGGAAGGCAGAUGGAGUCACUUAUCCAUGGCGAUGUCAAGUCGGAGAACCUCUUUACGACAAUUAAGGGAGAUGAAGUAGCGUUCUUUGACUUUCAAUAUGUCGGGUUAGGUCUGGGAGUUUGCGACCUGGCUAAACUCUUCACAUGCUCAGUUCCACUGAAGAUGCUUGUUGACGAUGAGGACGACUUGCUACCAGAGCGACUGGAGAUGUGUGAAGGUGAGCGAACUUUGCUAGAGCAUUACCAUAGGAUGUUGCUCCAGGAUAAAGGAGAGCGCUGGUAUGAUUGGGAAACCUUUGUACGACACUGGGAGACAGCUCUAGUGGACUGGUGCAGGUUUCAGGCUUCUUGGGGGUUCUGGGGAAAUACCGAGUGGCUUGAGGCUCGUGUGAGGUUUAUUGUCGAAGAACAGGGGUGGAGGGAAUGGCUACUUCGGAGCCUUAGCUCCUGA